AUGGCGGCUUUCACUAAAUUCUUCUCUUAUUUCAAUCAACUUAUUAACGUUUUAUUCUUCUCAUGGCUUCCUCAAGCAUUAACGUUCCUAAUGCUAUUGUUUUUAGUUUCAAUCAGUUCAUACGUACGGAGAAAAGAAAAACACAAGUGUAGGGAAAUAAUAAACACGAGGAGCACUAAAUUUGUGUACAAAAAGAGGAAAUUACUUGGCUUUGCUGCUACUGAACCACUUGAUGGUUCGAUUUGUUUAUUGGAUUUCGAGCACGGAGAUAAAGGGAGGAAAAUUGAGAAGUGCAAUCAUAUGUUUCAUGAAAAUUGCUUGGAUAUAUGGCUGAUGCAUGGCAAGGGACAAGCCACGUGUCCGCUUUGCCGGAGCGUAAUUAUACCGAAAAAUAUGGUGGAAGAUCACCGGAAAGUUGGAGAUGAAGGAUUGAAGUUUAAUAUAUUUGAGGAGGAACUUGUUCUUCUAUUGCUUUCUGGCUUGACUAGUGGGUGUUCUAGUCAAAGGUGUUUCUAA